CUUCGAAGAAAGCUUCGGAGUAGCUUCCUUUCUUUUAGCUUUUCUUGCGGGUCUCGUCUUUGCGAAUGGUGUUCCGAUUUAUUCGGCGAUAAAUAAUUGAAUUCAAUUUCUCGCUAUGGUUUUUCUCGGACGAACUUCGUUGAUCGCUAUGAAAACAGUCGUCGGUCUCAAUUUGUGAUUUUUCUGGAAAAAUGUCGAACCUAAAACAUACAAUUAUUUAACGCGUCGAGCAUAAAUGUCGCCGGUAAUUACUAUUUAAUUGGUAUGAACGUCAAGCUAGUGGAAUUAUGGGUGCCAGAAACGACAGACGAUCUUUGACGGUCGAUAUGAGAUCGUCGGAGCAUCCGUUGGAAAUGAAAAAUGUGAUACAAGUCAGCCGAUCUGUCGUUCGGAAUUUAACAAACGGACAAGACCAGGAAUCGGUAGACUUUGAAAAGAGCGAGGAAGAGUGGAUCCGCAAAUUGGCAUCAAUCGACAACGAGCAUUCGGAAAAGUAUGGUUUGACCGAACGCAACAUAGACAAACUCUUUCAGAAUCUGGAUCGCAAGUACUUGUCCGCGAAGGCUGAUCGACCCUGCCCCAUGGAGUCGGAUACAGUAACGAACUGCUUAAAAGAGAACAAAGAAGAGAGUUUCAGCUGCACCAAGGCGGUCGACAAGUUUAAAACGUGCAUCGAUAAAUCUUACCACGACACCGUUCGCAAAGACGAGACCCGCAAGAAAAGCAAAAAGAAAGGGAGCUACUCCGAAGAUUUCUUCGAAGGGACGUGUUAGAAUUCAUCCGUGGAAUCGACGAAGUGUAAUCAACAAAGUAAAAAUUGACGAAAGUGAAAUAAAGUACAUUCGGGUUUCAACGAAAGAUAACUUUGGUCAAAUAAAAUCAGCAAUGUUGCAUAAAGUGCAAGGACUAUUUAUUGCUGUCGAUUGCCAUUGUGAAUUAUAAAAUACACUUUAAUGAAUAGAG